AUGGCGCCGAAGAAGCCUAGAACCGGGACGAGGAACCCUGAACUGGUUAGGGGUAUAGGGAAGUACUCCAGGUCGCAGAUGUACCACAAGAGAGGCAUCUGGGCCAUUAAGGCGAAAAACGGUGGGGUUUUCCCUCGUGACGACCCUAAGCCUAAGCCCGAGGCCCCUGCUCAAAAGCGCGAUGUCAGGAAGCCCGCUACACUCAGGGCUAGCCUUACUCCCGGUACAGUGUUGAUUCUUUUGGCGGGUAGAUUCAAAGGAAAGAGGAUAGUGUUUUUGAAGCAGCUUUUUUCUGGAUUGCUUCUUGUUACCGGUCCUUUUAAGAUUAAUGGAGUUCCAUUGAGACGUGUCAACCAGUCCUAUGUUAUUGCCACUACAACCAAAGUAGAUGUUUCUGCUGUUAAUGUGGACAAAUUUGAUGAUAAAUACUUUUCAAAAGAGUCCCAGAAAAAGAAAAACAAGGGAGAGGACGAGUUUUUCAUUGAGGCAGAGAAGAAAAAACGUGCCUUGCCCCAGGAGAAAAUAGAUGACCAAAAGAAUGUCGACUCGGCGUUGAUAAAAUCCAUUGAGAGUAUUCCAGACUUAAAUACUUACCUGGGUGCCAGGUUUUUUCUAAAGGCUGGUAUGAAGCCUCAUGAGCUAGUCUUCUAG